CUUUAUAGCCAGGUAGGGGAGAACUCUAUGUUCUUCCCAGUGGGAACAUCAGGGGCCGAUUCUCAAGGCUGACUCCUUUGGAGGGCGAGACUUCGCCUUCGAGGGGCGCACGUGUCGGGUAUCCUAAGGCUGAUGCGGCGAGGUGCGAGAUCGUCUCGAGUUGGCUAGCCUGCAUUGUGACCUGCCAUCUGCCCGGCCUCUCUCGUUUCCAGAGCUGUGGUGGGGUGCUGAGGCUCGGGCAGCAUGACGACGGAGACCUUCGUGAAGGAUAUUAAGCCCGGGCUCAAGAAUCUGAACCUUAUCUUCAUUGUGCUGGAGACAGGCCGAGUGACCAAGACAAAGGACGGUCACGAAGUUCGUACCUGCAAAGUGGCAGACAAAACUGGCAGCAUCAAUAUCUCCGUCUGGGACGACGUGGGCAACCUGAUCCAGCCAGGGGACAUUAUCCGGCUCACCAAAGGUUACGCUUCAGUGUUCAAAGGUUGUCUGACGCUGUACACUGGCCGUGGGGGUGAUCUUCAGAAGAUUGGAGAAUUCUGUAUGGUUUAUUCUGAGGUUCCUAACUUCAGUGAGCCAAACCCAGAGUACAGCGCCCAGCAGGCACCCAACAAAACGGUGCAGAACGACAGCAGCCCUACAGCUCCCCAGCCUACCACCGGACCCCCUGCCUCUUCUCCAGCCUCUGAAAGCCAGAAUGGGAAUGGACUGAGUGCCCCACCAGGUCCUGGUGGUGGCCCGCACCCCCCCCACACUCCCUCCCACCCCCCCAGCACUCGAAUUACCCGAAGCCAGCCCAACCAUACACCUGCCGGCCCUCCCGGCCCCUCCAACAACCCUGUCAGUAACGGCAAAGAAACCCGGAGGAGCAGCAAGAGAUAGCAAGACAUUCUUCUCCCUUCCUGCUACCGACCAUAACCCAAGUGUCUGCUAGAGAACACAGCCUUCUCCUGGGCUGCUGGCUUUGGGGGGAACGGGGUAGGUAGCAGUAUUUUAGUCACUAAACGUCACUGAAGGGGAGGUGAGCAGUGGCCUUACCCCUCCUAAGCCUAUCCUCACCGCCCUGGUUAGCUGAAGCUGCCUGUCCCCUGGGAUCCCGGGCUCUCUGUCUGCCCUUCCUCUUUAGAAACGACCAUUAUGGUCUGUUUCUUGUGUGUGUGUGUGAUGUGGAAGUCUAAUUGAAUCCCUCCUUCCUAAUAAAUGUUACCACUCUA